CCUGUCUGUCACUUAAUGGGGAUGCCUGAAGGACCUUUGUUAUCAAAACAAGGAGAUGUGAUCAUCGGAGGAGCAUUUUCAAUUCACAGCAAAAUUAACCAACCACCAAUGACUUUUAUGGAAAAGCCAGAACCUAUAACAUGUUCUAGCAUAAACUUCAGAGAAUUCCGCUUUGCACAGACAAUGAUUUUUGCCAUUGAGGAGAUAAAUAAUAGCAGCAGCUUACUUCCAAAUGUGUCCAUUGGUUAUAAAAUAUAUGAUAGCUGUGGCUCAACUUUAUUGUCGAUUAGAUUAGCUAUGGCUUUAAUGAAUGGACAAGACCUCACAGUUGGAGAAUCAUGCACUGGGCAGUCAGCAGUGCAUGCAAUUAUAGGAGAGUCAGAGUCCUCCUCAAGCAUAGUACUCUCCAGAACAACUGGACCCUUCAAAAUUCCUGUGAUUAGUCAUUUUGCUACUUGUGCUUGUCUAAGUAAUAGGAAGGAGUUCCCCUCCUUCUUUAGAACCAUUCCCAGUGACUACUAUCAAAGCAGGGCUCUGGCCAAACUUGUUAAACACUUUGGCUGGACCUGGGUAGGGACUGUGAGAAGUGAUAAUGACUAUGGAAACAAUGGUAUGACCACAUUUGUGGAGGCUGCAAAGAGAGAGGGAAUAUGUAUUGAGUACUCAGAGGCCAUUCAGAGGACCAACUCACAUGAGAGGAUCGCCAGUGUGGUGGAGAUCAUAAGAAUGGGCACAGCUCGUGUAUUGGUGGCCUUUCUGGCACAGAGUGAGAUGGAGGUGCUGCUGGAAGAGGCCAUUCUUCAAAAUGUCACUGGACUGCAGUGGAUAGGAAGUGAGUCCUGGAUCACAGCUAGGCACCUGGCCACUCGAAGGACAGCUAGGAUCAUUAGUGGAGCCAUUGGCUUUACAAUAAGAAGGUCAAAAAUCCCUGGGCUGAAGGAUUACCUCUUGAAAGUGAAUCCACUCAAAAACAUUUCCAGCUCCAUUCUGAGGGAGUUCUGGGAGACAGCAUUCCAGUGCCAGUUGCCUGAAAAAGGCAAUGCAAAAAGUAUGAGGCUAUGUUCAGGUUCUGAAGACCUGACAGAGCUUAAAAACCCCUACACUGAUGUGUCAGAGCUUAGGAUCUCCAAUAAUGUGUAUAAAGCAGUAUACACAGUGGCUCAUGCAAUGCAGAACCUUUUGGAAUGCACAGAUGGUCAAUAUCCUACAGAGGGCAGAGAGUGUAUUCUCAAAGACAGUAGAGGGCCAGGUCAGGUAUUACAUUAUUUACAAGAUGUCAAUUUUACAAUGCCCUCUGGAGAGAAGGUUUACUUCGAUCAAGAUGGAAAUCCGGCAGCAAGAUAUGAGUUGGUAAACUGGCAGAAAAAUGCAGCAGAAGACACUGUGUUUGUAACUGUCGGGGAAUACGAUGCCACGCUACCAGAAGGCAAGCAAUUUGCCAUGAACAAUGUCAAUAUUGUUUGGGCUGGCAACAACAAUUCAAAACCAAGCUCUGUGUGCAGUGAUAGCUGCCUCCCAGGCUAUCGCCAGGCUGUGAUCAGAGGGAGGCCUGUGUGCUGUUUCUCCUGUGUGAAGUGUGCUGAAGGGGAGGUCAGCAGUAAGAUGGAUUCUACAGAAUGCACAAAGUGUCCUCUGGAGUACUGGUCAAAUAAAGACCACAGCGGCUGCAUUCAAAAGCGCAUGGAGUUCCUCUCUUUCACUGAAAACAUGGGAAUCAUCUUGACUACUUUUUCUCUGGCAGGAGCCUGCUUUACAAUUAUAGUGGCAGUUGUGUUCACCUGUUUCAUUGACACACCCCUGGUUAAAGCUAGCAACACAGAGCUCAGUUUUCUGCUCCUGUUUUCUCUCACCCUCUGCUUCCUUUGUUCUCUCACAUUCAUUGGCCAGCCCUCUGACUGGUCCUGCAGACUGAGGCACACAGCGUUUGGGAUCACCUUUGCUCUCUGUCUGUCCUGCAUCCUUUCCAAGACUAUGACAGUGGUCAUGGCUUUUAAAGCCUCAGUACCAGGUGCUGGGGUUCCUCAGUGUUCAUUGCCCUUGCAGAGACUGAGUGUAUUAUGCUGUACACUUCUACAAGUGAUCAUAUGCGCCCUAUGGAUAGCACUUGCUCCUCCAGUACCAUACAAAAAUAUGACUAACUUCACUGAUAAAAUCAUUCUGGAAUGUGAUCUUGGAUCAGCAGUGGGUUUCUGGGCUGUGCUAGGAUACAUUGGACUUCUUGCUGCCUUAUGUUUCAUACUGGCUUUUUUGGCUCGAGAGUUGCCAGAUAACUUUAAUGAAGCCAAAUUCAUCACAUUCAGUAUGCUGAUAUUCUGUGCAGUCUGGAUCACUUUUAUUCCUGCUUAUGUCAGCUCUCCUGGAAAGUUUACUGUGGCUGUGGAGAUAUUUGCUAUGUUAGCAUCUAGUUUUGGCCUCCUUUUCUGCAUAUUUCUUCCUAAAUGUUACAUAAUAUUAUUUAAACCAGAUAAAAACACAAAGAAACAUGUGAUGGGUAAAGCACACAUGAAGUCACUGUAA